CAUGAGUUGGACUCCUCCUCACCUUAUUCUUAAUGAACGCUACCCUUCGCCAUCCCCAUUCCCUAUUUAACAAGUUAAGUUACAACUUUGAAGGCGAAGGCGAAGAAGGGAGGAAAGAAUCAAAGAGGAACUGAAUUUGGAGCCAUCAGAUUGCCUAUGGGCCAUGAAUCACCAUAUUUUCCUUCUUCUUUCACCUGUCUGUGUAGAAUCUGCCAUGAAGAAGAGGAAGAGGGAUCGACAGGCAUGGAAUCCCCUUGCGCCUGCGCUGGGACUCUCAAGUUUGCUCACAGAGACUGCGUGCAGCGGUGGUGCGACGAGAAAGGAAGCAACGUCUGUGAAAUUUGCCUUCAGACGUUUGAGCCAGGCUACACCUUUUCGGAGAAGAAGGCACUGGCGGAUGUGGUGGUGACCAUCAGGCUAAAUCAUGAUCCUGAAAUCCUCAGCUACAAUGAAGAAGACAAUGGUGAAACCGGCCAUAAUUACGAAGAGUGCUCCACCUCGUCACAAAGAGGUGCCACUUUCUGCCGCUCUGUGGCAAUCAUGUUAACAGUUAUGUUGCUAGUAAGGCAUUUCUUUGCUGUGAUGAUGCUGAGCUCUGGGCAAUAUGCAUUUGGCAUCCUCACUGUGUUUGUGCUGAGAGCUUGUGGGAUUGUGAUUCCAUUCUACGUCGUCAUGAGGUUGAUAGCAAUGGUUCAGAAAGCACAACUGCAGCAUCAUCUAGAGCAACACCAAAGGAGAGCUCGUAUGGCGAUUGAUGAAAGGGAAGAACAAGUACGAUUUCAACAUCCAAUCCAAAUCGGUUCAUGAUAGAAAUCUCUGUAUUCUUUUUUGCCUCUUAUGUAAGUAUCUCCAACUCCAUAUGAAGAAUAAUUUCAUAUCCAACGUGCAGUGGAGCUAUAUCUUGUAGUCAAUGUUGGAAAAGUGAAUGGAAAAAUAUAAAAUGGACUCUAAUAUGAAUGAAAGUUUAGUCUCACAUUGGGAAGUUUGGGGCAAUAUGGCUAAUGUAUAUUGAAUCACAACUUAUCACGUUGUGAAUGUGUUUGGA